CAUGAUACCCUGUUCGGAGUGAACUCAAUAUGGCGGAAACAAGUGGACUAGAUCCCAGGUCUCUUGUCCAACCGACACUCAAAUAUAAUGCUGUCUUUUAGAUUGUUUAGUUAGGAAAUAUGAGAGGAUCGAUUCUAAAUUUAAAAAAUUGCAUUCCGGCAGGAAAAAUAACAACGAAAGCUUCAACAUUUGGAAAGGACUGUGAGAACCCCACAAUGAGCCACCGCCAAGCAACAGAAUUACAAGGGGCCUCCCCCUCCCUUCCGCUGCCUCCAGAUCAUGUGUUGAACUCGGGAGCAGUAGUUUUCCCUGGUGCCUUUGAUCAGCAUGGAUGUCCUCUGGUUCUGUUCCCUGUGGAUUCUCAUGGCAGUCUUUCAGAUCUAAGCAAAUCUGAAGUGGUUGACUUCAUACACUACUUUCUCUGUUUGUACAAUAAGAAACAGGAGAAGGAGAGCUUGGUUUCAGUUGUGGCUGAUUUGAGACAAGCCACUCUUAAUACAACAAGGUUCAUCACUGAAACACUUCUUCUACUUGAGCUUCAUAGGAGGACAGUGCACACUGUAUACAUAAUUCAACCGAAAAAGAAAGAUGUUCUGAAACGAUUGUUGAAACUGCUGGUACCAUCAAAGUCUUAUGUUGCUCUCUUCAAGAGAGUUCUGCUGAAAGCGGUCUUUGACCUUUCCAACUACAUUGAUAGAAGCCAGUUGACUGCAUCUUUAGGCGGCUACCUGGUUUACUGUCAUCGGAGUUGGGUUACCUUUGUCAAGGAGAUAGAUGGCUUUGUUCAGGAGUUUCUCUCGGUGGUCCAGAGGCUCCCGUCCUCCAUCUCCACCCUGCAGACCCUCUCCAGACAGCCUGUCCCCUCUGCCUUCACUGAGCUGAAGGCCUUCUGUUACACCAACGAGGCCAAGUUCCAUAUGCUUCGGCGGGAGCUGGGGUUGGAUGAGCUGCUAAGGCACUGUGAGUGUGUGGUGGAGAAGAUGCGCUACCCUGAGAAGAACUCGUGCUAUCAGGCCAUGGUAGGGACAGCCCUCUUCACCAACACAGCCUUCGACAUGCUGCAGAACUACAGCAGGAUAACUGUGGCUGUGGAAAAAAUUGAGUUGCUGUGGCAACAGGCCUUUUCCAAGGCCCACCUCCAGCUACAGGUCUUCCAGCUGCGUAAUGAGGCACAGCAGUUAACAGAACAGAUUAAAAGCCUUCAGAAAGAGAAGCUCCAGCCUUACAGAAUAGAGAUCUCUAAAGAUGCCAGAAGGGCCGAGCUGUUAAUGUCAGAAUUCGAGGAAUCGAUCUAUACCCCUGCCAUGGCCCUGGUUCGCUGUUCUGAAGAUGUGAUCCACACAUUAGCUGAGGUUCUGCCUCCUGGUGAUGUCCAGACCAGGGAAGAGUGGGUGCAGGAUCUGGACAGACUGAAGGAGAACUUCCACGCUGCUGUAGAGCUCCCUCAUCAGACCCUCCGAGCAGUCUCUGACUUCUACCACUACUACAGAAAGGCCAAUAGUUGGUACAACGUAGUCCUGUGUGAGAACUUUUUCCAAGACCUUCUGUGGGGUGUGAACAAUGACCCCAUCCCCAGGCGGCGCCACCCGCUGGAGAUGCAUGUCCCUGUGUGGCGGCAGGCAGUCGGUGACUUCCUGAGAAACAACCCCUCCCCGGACAUGGAGGAGCUGGUCCAGCUUGCUCACCUGGCCAACGUCAUCCCCGACGCCCACCUACAGCAGACUGGCAAACGGUUAUCACAAAGAUGCAUGAAUCUGUGUAAACUUCUGACCUGUCCAGGUGUAGUACCUGUCAAAGACCUCCAGUCGGCGCUGCAGUGGCAGUAUGAGUUUCUGAGAGCCAGCCACAGGGAAGGACCUAGGCCAUACACUAACCUGGCUGUAGGCAGAGUACCUGAGGCCAGUCUCAACAUUCCAGAUGUGAUGUUUAGUCACAGUAGAACCUCUUGUUCCAGAUCUGACUGCCACACUAAGGACAACAUGCACAGCCACGGCUCUCUCUCCAACCUCAAGCACCAUCAGGCCCCUCUGGGUACGUCUCCCUCCAGUGCCGUCUCUGGGGCUGUGUCUGCUGUAGGGAAGCCUCCCUCCCUCAGCUCCUUUGACUCUGGCUUUGAUGGAGCAGGAAGUGGCCACAUGGAGACAGGAGCUGGGCGAGAGGGAUGGGAGGGGCCAUCCAGGGUACCAGGCACCAGGGACUCCAUCAGGCCCAUCACCAGGCAGCCCAAGAUCCGUGAGGAGAACAUCUCCAGCGUGUCUGAUGUUGAGGAGCGCAGGGAGGAUUUUGACUUUGGCUCCAUGGGCAGCACCACAAGGGCCAGCAUUCAGAUCAUCCCAAAGAUAACUGUGGACUCAAUGCAUUUUGAGAUCAAGCUGAAGCGUUCGGCUACCCUGCCCCAUAAUCCAUGGCUCAGUCUGCCUGUGGAAGACCUUGAGAACUCCUACACGGUCACCAUCACUCAGAACCCAUCACAGUCACCACAGUUGCGGGACGUUAAGAACCCAAACCCUUCAGAGUGCUACCACCACAGUGACCAAUUAUCCAACUGGUCCAGAGACCAGCCCACACAGACUGAGGUACAAACCAACCCUCAGAGCAGAGGGGCACAGCCCAGCGACAGUAUCCUACAGGCACAGGACAGCUUUGAUGACUCGGAACUGAGUGCCAUUCGGGAUCCCCUUUCAAGCACCAUCACAGAUGCAAGAGAUGGGCACAACUACACUGCAGAGAGCAGCCCCACUCUACUCUGGGAUACGUAUGACUUUCACAACCCCGAACAGGACAGCUGUGAAAGGAUAACCAGCUCCAUGACUGAAGUCUCGUUAAAUGACUGGGACCUGAAGGAGCAGGAGGGUCUCAGGAAGGUAGAGGAGAUCUUGGACCGGGCAGCUGGAAUACUAGAGGAGGAAGAGAAUGUGAUGGUACAGGAGCAGAUAUUGGCUGUCCUUCUGAAGACUGAGAGCACAAGCAAACCGUGGGAAUCAUGGGGCAUUGAGGCGCAGGUAAGUGUGAUGUCCUCCAGUGACCUUAAGGCACAUGGUGUCCUGGGCCUUGAUGACAGUCUUGCCUCUGCAGACACUGACAACCAGAGUGAAUGCAGGUCACCAGAGGCAACUAGUGAAACUGUGGCCUCAGAACACAGCAUGGGCCACAAUGGAUGUCUGACGGAGACUGGGUUGACUGGUCUGAUGUGCCCUCAAAGCAGCAGGGGAGAGUUGCUGAAGGAGCUGAGAGGACUGCAUGUUCUGGAUGAGCUCAUCAUGGAGGAGAACCUCAAGAUCCACCAGCUUCGACAGGCUGAGAAGCAGUGCCUUGAUGAAAAGCCCACUCAAUCAGUGGUUUCCCGAAGUAUGAGCAAGGAGAGGCAGGAGUUUCUAUUAGAACUAGCGAGGGAGAAAAGAGAAGUGGAGGGGAUGGAAAAUAGCCUAGACAAAGAGAUGACAAAAGAAUGUCAAAUCAAGAGGAUGAGCAGAACCAGGAAAGUAGUGAAAUGCUCAGUAAUGGAAAGGACUUCUAAACUUAACUUGGAGGACCGUGCACUCUGUGAUAAUCUUAUAUCAGACAAUAGGAGCCAACAACACAAAGUGAAGCACUUGCCAUCCUUACCCCAACACUCCAUAAACCUGGAUCCUAAUGAAUCCCUCAGUAUUACUGCAACCGCAUGUCCAGAUUAUGCCAAAACCCCUGUAUCACAAACAUGUGUUCAAAGUGUAAAUGGUCAUUCCCCACAUGGUGACGUUAAUAUAUCCGGCUGUGGUGAUGCCAUGGUAGUUGACACCCCCAGCUACUGUGAUCUUACUGAUCACAAUUCACAAGUUUUAACUCUACCACAAAUCACUUCUGAUCCCAAUGAAUCUAUUGAAGAGGUUGGAAUCCAAAGCCAUGAGGGUACAGAGAAAGAUGUAAGAUCUGGGGAAGCCUUUCAAAGUUGCACACCAGAGACUACCUCCUUUAUAUGUGAAAUGUGCCCUGAACAUGGAGCAUUUGACCCAGGGGCAAAUGCCAACACCCCUGUGCCUAAACCAAGAAAAGCAUCUGUUCCUGUGAAUGAUAAAGGUAAAGAACUCAAAAUUCCAACCAAACCCAUAUAUAGAACUCUCUGCCCUGAUAGUGAUUCUGACCCUAACCCUAGGCUCACACUGCAAGUUGCGCUCAAUACUCACCCGAAGCCUAAAGAGCGAAACCUCAAACCUACAAACAGUUCUCCUAAUCCUGUUCUGAGUCAAGAUGUGAAUAAACACAGAAGUGACAACAAUGACAAACCCUUCGCUGAUCAACAGGCAUCCUUAUGUAAUGACCCUUUGGACUUCCAUGAACAGUCAACGCUAGGCGGCUGCUCUAUGGGAUCAACAUUAACGCUUGUUGACUCUGACUGUGUUCAGAUAGAAAUCCACUGCUCCCAGAAAUCUGAGGAUGUGGUAACACAUUUGGGGUCUAAUUCUGAAGAGCUAUCUCAUAUGUCUGCUGAGGUAACAUCUGGAUCAUGUGAACCAAGUGGAGCUGAUGAGUGUAGACAAGUUGAUGUCCCUGAUGGGUUUCAGAGGUGUGGUACUGCCAGGAGAUCACCUGCCAAUCACCACAUCCCCACCAGAGACAUGACCUAUUUCAAGACCCCUAUUGUGCUGGACACAGGGUCUGGUUUGAUGAAAGCAGGGUUUGCCGAUCAGGACCUCCCGACUACGAUAUUCCCAAAUAUCAUUGGGCUGCCAAAAUACGAGGAAAUAAUGAAUGGCUACUUGGAACGGGAGACCUAUAUUGGACAUGAGGCUCAACAUAUGAGAGGAGUCCUGGCACUGAAGUAUCCCAUGAAGAACGGAAUUAUACGCAACUGGGAUGAAAUGGAAAAGAUUUGGCACCACACAUUCCAGCAGUUGCAUGUGGAACCAGACGAUCACCCUGUCCUACUGACCGAGGCAGCCAUGAACCCACUGGCGAUCCGUCAGCGCAUGGUGGAACUCAUGUUUGAGUGCUUCAAUGUUCCUCUCACCUACGUGGCCAUGCAGGCAGUGCUGGCACUUUAUGCAGCAGGGAGAACCACAGGUGUAGUGUUUGACUCUGGGGAUGGAGUGAGCCAUAGUGUGCCAGUGUUUGAGGGAUACUGUUUACCACACGCAGUGCAGUGCUGCACCUUGGCUGGCCAUGAUGUUACAAUGCACCUUAAAAAGCUUCUGCAGGAGCAGGGGUUCUGCAUGCACACUUCUGCCGAGAUGGAGAUUGUGAGGGAGAUGAAGGAGAAAUGCUGCCGGGUGUCCCAGGACUAUGAAUCUGAGCUAACCUGUGGAGGGUCGGCCAGCAGUGCGAUGAAUUACACCAUGCCUGAUGGCCAGGUCGUUCACCUCAGCACAGAGCGGUUCAGGGCUCCUGAGAUUCUGUUUAAGCCAGAGCUGAUUGGACGAGACCAUUACGGGAUGCAUGAGAGUAUUUUCAAGUCUAUCCUUAGUUCAGACAUUGACCUCCGGCGGAGUUUUUUGGGGAACAUUGUCCUAUCAGGUGGAAAUACCCUGUUGGCUGGCCUGCCUGAGCGGCUUCAGAGUGAAAUUAGAACCAUGGUGCCUACAGACUUGGGGGAGUGUGUGCGGGUGACAAGCCCUAAGGACAGAGAUUUCUCUGUAUGGAGUGGUGGCGCAGUGCUGGCCAACUUGUCUUCGUUUGCCUCGGCCUGGAUCAGCCAAGAGGAAUACGAGGAAUAUGGCCCCCAGAUUGUUUUCAGGAAGUGCUUCUGAGCUGGACUCGCCUGAAAUGUAUGGGUGCAAGUUCUUACACAUGUGCAAUAGAGUAUAGUGCCUAGUUUCUACAUCUGUGCUUUUUAAACCUUUUUUAUCGUUUUCAAUUGGUGUUUUUGUACUAUGUCUUUCAUUACUGAUGUUCUGCACUGACACUUCCAACGAUUUGGUACUUUGAGUGUGAUAUAAAAUGUUUCUACUGUUGUCGGAUCAGACAAUACUUGAAUGUUCCGUUUUAUGCUUACUGUGGCAGAAAUCCUGUCAAAGGAAGAUGAACUUACUUUCUAGCUAUAGUGCUUGUCAUGAAUCCCCUGAUCAGGAUCUGGGCUUAUGUAAAGAAAGGUGACUGAUUCUACUCUGAAUGACUCCUAAAAAAUAUUAACUGGGAUGGGUGUGCCUCUUGAAAUAUUAGGGUGUUUUUCUACCCUUUUCUCCACCAUUAUAUUUUUAGGAAUAUGACAAAAGGCACUUGAACCAGGUAUUUUGGUGAUGGUAGGGAAACCUAUCUAUGUUCUAUUUAAGGGCCCAUUUUGAGCAAUCUUUUCAGUUUCUGAGGAGCUACUACAACAAUGCCACUGCUCUAGCAAGGUCAAUGACCAGAACUGUAUGUAAUUCCCCCAAUUUGAUUAUAGUUUCUCAGUUCAUUUUCCCAUUUUAAGAUGAGCUUUCUAAAGUUAAUCUUGAAAUUGUCUGUAAAUAUUUCUGUUUUAAAUUGGCUUUCUAAAGUUGUCUUGGAAUAACUUAACCUAAAAUGUCCACGUUACAUUUUCUGUGUCCACUUGGUGCGAAUCUGUAGUUUUCCCUCCAAGACUUGUAGCUAAAACAAUGCAGGUGAAGAGUUUAGUAUGUUGAUGCCACCAUGCCUGAAUGGUAGACUGACUGUUCAUUUUACUUAUCCAUUUGAGUUUUCCUUCUGUCUUGAGUCUGCACUUAGUGUUGAUUACGGUAUGUUUCAUGUACCAUGUAUAAGGCCUAUAUUGCGCAAGUCCUGAAUUUAGUGUCAUUAUUCAGCUUUAUACAAUCACUGUUUAUUGUGCAUUGAUCCUUAACAUACAUUUUUGUUUGAUUUGGCCCUUGAUUCAAUGUACUAACAACCUCUAUUCUUGACUGGUAUGAUUUGUUUGUUCACAGUUAUUUAUUUUCAUAUUUGACUUUACAUGUUUGUUCACAAUAUAUUGACGUUUUUGACUUUUAUGAAUGAGUUUUAUCUGACUUAAAUGCAUGGUUUUUCUAAGUAUUUUGACAGCAAAUACCUGAAUUUGAUGAGAAUGUUGAAUUUUGUUUCAUUGAGGCUACCUGUUAGCCAUGUUGGCUAUGCCCUUACCAUUUUAUUGCUCUCUUUGACUUCCUAUGGAUACUAUGGACAAGCAAUUGGCCGUACUAGUUUUAACUUAUUUUGAUCAACCCCAUUGUAUUUACAGUAGACUUACUAGUAUCUAGUGUGAUUCACUCAUUUACAUAGCUGCUCUUUGAUUUUGGCACGAUUUUUGCUUGUUCUCUUAAUGUGUUUUUAGAACUGCCAUGUUUUUCUACUCUAAAGAAGUGGGGUUGCCAUGUGAUCUUAAUCACAGGUCUUUUUAAAUGGAGGUCUGAAGCGUUCCCUGUGGGAAAUGGGAAGGCCUUAUGAGGGCUGAAAUUUGGAGAGGGAUGAAUAGUCGGCUCAUUUGUUAGUUCUUGGUGGUCAGAGAUAGAAUUGAAGUCCCAGCCUCUCGUUUUUGUCGUAUAUUCAAUGCUCGAGUCUUGCUAUGAUUUACUUAAACCAAGUUGUAUGUCAGGUCUUUUUUUUAGAAUAAAUAUUUUUUAUUUA